UAUCCUUAUCGCGGGCACAGAUGACGCCGUGGGCGCGCCGGAAGUCUCGGGGAGCGCUUGGAUGGCGCCAGCUGCGAGCGGCUGACAGUUGUCUGGGACUGGGCCGGCCCUGGAACAACCAUGCCGCCAUCUUCGCACGUUCCAGACGCACAGCGCUACCCACGCGGGGGUGCUGUCUGAAUUCUCCGUGGAUGUGGCAAAGAGCAAUGAAUGCCAGAGGUGCCGCUGAACAGUGUCCGACCAAGAGAAAUAUGUAGGCGGGAGACCUUCUGUUACCUUCUUCCAGCAUGGACUUCCUGGUUCUCUUCUUGUUCUACCUGGCCUUCUUAUUGAUUGGUGUUGUCAUGAUCUGCAUCAUCACAAAAAACCAGCGUUUGAAAGGCCUGGUCCUGGGAGGGGCACAGGUGUGCUCCUGUGUCAUCCCGCAGGGCCUUCAGAGGGCCGCGCAGAGGCUUCUCCGUCAGCUCUUCCACACACGCAACCCCGCCUUCAUUGUCCUGCACCUGCUCUUGCAAGGGCUAGUUUAUGCUGAGUACACCGUGGAGAUAUUUGGCUACUGCCAGGAGCUGGAGUUCUAUCUGCCUUACCUUCUCCUGCCCUACCUGCUGCUGGGCGUGAACCUGGUGUUCUUCACCCUGACUAGUUCAGCCAAUCCAGGCACCAUCAAUAAAAUGAACGAGUCGUUGCUUCUGCAAGUCUAUGAAUUCGAUGAUGUGAUUCCAGAGAACUCGAGGUGCUCCACUUGUGACCUGAGGAAACCAGCCCGGUCCAAGCACUGCAGGGUGUGUGACUGGUGCGUGCACCGAUUCGAUCAUCACUGUGUUUGGGUGAACAACUGCAUCGGGGCCUGGAACACCAGGUACUUCCUCAUCUACCUCUUGACGCUGACGGCAUCAGCUGCCACCAUAGCCACCCUGAGCGCUGCCUUUCUGGUCCGACUAGUGGCAGUGUCGGAUCUGUACCAGGAAACUUACAUUGAUGACUUUGGGCAUUUCCAGUCUGUGGACACAGUCUUUCUUAUUCAGUACCUGUUCCUGGCUUUCCCAAGGAUCAUCUUCCUGCUGGGCUUUGUCAUGGUUCUGAGUUUGCUCCUGGCCGGCUACCUGUGCUUCGCUCUGUACCUGGCUGCCACUAACCAGACCACAAAUGAGUGGUGUAGAGGUGACUGGGCCUGGUGCCAGCACUGCCCUCUAGUGGCCCGGUCCCCACCAGCUGAGCCUCACAUCUAUCAGAACAUUCACUCCCAUGGGUUUUGGAGCAACCUUCAAGAGAUCUUUCUACCUGCCAUCCCCUGCUAUAAGAAAAAGAAGAAAUAGAACGGGAGGUGUUCUUUUGAAUACAGUACACAUCUCUUUGUACAGAUGGAUAUUUAUUUUCUAAGCA